CAUCAUCUCCAUCACGCUCUGUCGCUCUGCCUCUCCCACACAUUCACUAUCCACAAUGAAGUCAUUCCGCACCCUGGUUUCACCAAUUCGAUCCUACAGUACCGGCCCACCGCCGAUUACGAAGGUGUACGCUGGCAAUCGACUGCGAAUUACGAAGGAGUACACCGACGACUUCAUUGAACCUGCAUCAGCUCUUAAUGCACUUAAUAUCAAAAAAAAGGCCGACCAACGCCGUCGCGCACUAGAAGUGAAGGAGCAGCAAGAGGAAAUAGUCAGGCUUGGACCAGAGGCUGUAAUGGAUAGAUUGUUGCGUCUACUUGAAGAAGAGAGCUACAAACUUGCCAGCCCCGCGCCAGCAGGCUGGUCGAGAAUAGAAAGGGAGCUGCACUUCGAACGCGAGAAGAAGGCUACAUAUCUGAAGAUGCAAGAUUGGGUGCGACGAAAGAUCAAGGCUACCGAUUUUCGCAUAGAAUGGCUUUCCAAUGAGCACGAACAAGUGGUUAAGCAGGCAGGCCUGGAAUCUGAAGAGCCUCGCCGGGCGGGCCCGGAAUCAGAAGAGACUGAGCAGGCGGACUCAGAACCAGAAGAGAGUGAGCGCCAUGAGCGGGCGGACCUGAAACACGAAAAGCUUUAAGAGGUAGGGUUUUGGCGUUUCGAAGUAGCAGUGCAUCGCUGUCGUCACUUGAGGGUGGCAAGAUACCGAAAGAAGGUUGGGAAAACGAUCGGGACUC